AAACGAAAUAGUUCAAUGAUUAAGAAGAAGUUUAAUAAAACACAAGAUUCAAACGCUUCUAAGGUUUUUGUAUCUUGCGAAAGUGUGAAAUGUGCGCAAAAGGAAAAUGAUAGCGCUAAAUAUAUUAAUCCUGAACCAGGACCCUCUGGAUUAGUGACUCCAGUACCUCCUCAUUCAGGUAAGGCAUCCAGUGCAGCUGACCAGCUGAUGGCAGAGUGGCGACCACAUCCAGUGUUCACUCCGCCGCAGCCUGGACGACCACUACUCGAUAAGGUACACGAAGAAUUUAAAGAAUACCUCAAGAACUGGUGUGAACAAAUCCCGAUACCUGCCAAUACUUGCGACGAGAUUGAAGUAGCAGGAAAAUUUAGAUUAGGCAUUAUGAAUGGCAUUUGGAAAACGAUAAUGAUAUUAAAAACGCAGCCGGCGGUGUUUCAGAACAAAUUUUACUAUGAAGAUGUAUUAGGGAAAGAGAUAGAUGGGUUAUUAGAUUGUUUACCGCAAACACAAGAGUUACAGGAAAAAAAGUACGCUCUUAAAUCGCAACUUCUCGAUAAGAUAUCAGAAAUGAAUGAUUUUAUUAAAGAGACUGAAACUCCUGAUAAUUAUAAGGAAAUGGUAGCCCGGAAAGCUGAACUUUUGAAAGAACAGAAAUUAAGGGUAAUCACCAGAUUAGACCGCGAGCCUCCAGCGAAAAUAUUUGAAGAAAUGCUGAAGUACUGUACUCUAGACGAUUUUUUAAGAAAAAGCAAUUAUAAGGAGACCAAUAAAAUGUUAGACAAAGCGUAUAAAAACAAGUUAUUGCAAUCGAUUCAGGCGUACAUGGAUGAAUUUAAGAAAACUCAUGAUGGCAAAGAAAUGGAAGAACUUUUCGGUGUCUAUAAAAAAUGCGAUAUCUUUGAAAAACUUGGCAAAGUUCCCUUGCCGACAGAAGACGAAAUAAAGGAAAAUGCUGAUGAAAUUCUUCUAGGGCUUGAAAUUGAGGAGUGGAUGAAAGAUUUACCGAUAAUUAAGAACGACGAUCAAAAUGAACAGCGUCAACGUGCAAGAUUAAGGGAUGCGUUGACGAAAAAAAUAUAUGAAAUGGGAAAAAGACGAGUCAGCAUUUCUAAUUGUUGCGAAGAUACCGAAAUGAAGCAUGAAAUUUCUUACUUUCUAGAUAUGGUUCCACUUGAAAAAGAUCAAGAUUUGAACAUCAACAAGAUGGUAGACGAGCUUACCAAUAGAUUAAAAAACAGAGAUGGCGACGGUAGAAGAAAAUCGGUAGCAUUUCAAGAUAGGAGUCGAUUACUACACAGAAGUGAGUACACUCUCGGGUCUCCAGUAUCAGAUAUUUAUUCACCUGACGAUAAAUGGGCAUUCCAAGGCGACGAUGAUGCUCAAUAUCAAAGCAAUUUUAAAAAUCCUCCUCUAUGCUCCACUAGAAUCGGGCAGCCAGGCGAAUGGGACUUGAGUGACGAUCAAGACGCCCAAUACAGGGCCAUGUUUAAAGAUGGCGUGCCGUGUUCUUCAAUGAUCGAGCCACAAGCUGGCUAUGGCCCAGGCUCGCCUAUGCCACCAGAUUUUCGCCAUUCAUAUGGUCAAGCGCAACAUUUUGAUUACCCUCCAAGGCAAUUCAAUGACAGCGCUCGAAGAGGUUCAUUCGGUUAUUCUGUGCGUGGUUCGGUAGAAUAUCCUGAUGUGAUGGGCCACCCAAGGACGCCUCGCCCGGGCUCACAUUCACCAGGGUUCUACGAAAGUGCAGGAGCAAUGCCGAACGUUCCACCAGACAGCCAGUUCCAAUCGUUACAUGGAAGUAGAAUGUCUGGUGCAGUUCCGCCAGAUAGCCAGUUCCAAUCGUUACAUGGAAGUAGAAUGUGUGGUGCAGUUCCACCAGACAGCCAGUUCCAAUCGUUACGUGGAAGUAGAAUGUCUGGUGCAGUUCCACCAGAUAGCCAGUUCCAAUCGUUACAUGGAAGUAGAAUGCCUGGUGGAGUUCCACCAGAUAUCCAGUUCCAAUCGUUACAUGGAAGUAGAAUGCCUGGUACAGCUUAUCAAGGUCCGAGAAUGACGGGACAAUUCAAUCAAUCACGGGGUGUAGGAUGGAUACCGCCAGAGGAAGCAUCAGGUUUCGUAUCGAUCCGUGAUGAUGUUUCACCCCAAAUGUUGCCUCCACGGCAGCGUUUCUCAAAUGAACCACCUGCCUUUUCACAUCACAUAUCACAAGCAGAAAGAUCUGCAGCCCAAGGGUUUAUAUCAAUGGCAAGCUACGGACACAGGGAGCCACAAGAAUUUAUUUCGAUGGCUUCCAAUAGACCAGGUGAAAUACAGCCUGCUAGUUACCGUUCAUUUCCUCCAAAUGAAUUCAUGCAACCACAACCUGCGGCGUUUAUUCCCGAAGAGUCUCGUUGCUCAAGAAGAUCAAAACCAGUAUCAAUUAUUGAUCCUAGUAUGCGACAAGUAUCAAUUAUUGAUCCUAGUAUGCGACAAGAACCAAUUAUUGAUCCUAGUAUGCGACAAGGAUUACCGGAAGGCAGUGUUGAAAUUGAUUAUAGUGUGGGACGGGAACCAUUUGAUGUAUCAAUUGAGGUCCAUGAAGCGCCUCGUUCACGUCGGGAGCUGCAAGAUGGAGCAGAUCGAUUUGUGUCAAUGGUUAGCCAACAGCGCCAGAACAGAUCUGUUCGGCAACCGAGCCAAAACCAACCCUCUAUAAGAAUUACUCCGGCUAGAGAUCGAACCAAUCUGGAUGAAAUUCAGGAGGCACCAAGCAGGAGCGCCCACUUGUCUCAUAUUCAACAACCCGAACCAGGUCGCCAGUCUUCACGUCAACCAACCGAUAGAAUGGAAGCGGCCAGCAGAGAACCCUCGUCUCCACAGAGAGCUAGAUUAAUAGCUUCAAACGCGCCUUCUACAGAAAUAAGCAACCAACCUGCCUUUUAUUCAACUCCGAACCAACAAAGCAAUCCACCACCUCAUAACAUUAGAGAGCGAAGACAGUUAGAAAAAGAAAGGGGUCCAGUGAGACGACUUGACAUGGACGCAGAAGAGGCUGACGAAGGCGAGGAAAGGUGUCACUGCCGGCAAAGAUUCAAGCAAUGGAAGGGACAUAAUUGCCAGACUUGUGAUGAUUGUUUACAAGGAAGAUUCCAUCUUUACCCGCACCCGUAUCCGUAUAUGUAUCCGCCGUAUGGAAGACAUCCGCCGUAUCCACCACAUUGUAGAAGAUAA